UGCUCACUUCUUUACCGGUGUUUCUUUCUCCUCUGUUCCUGCAAUCCUCUUCCACUUAUACUUCUUCCUCCUGACUGCAACAAACAUGUCAACAUAAGGAAUAAGAAAAAUUGUUUCUAGCACGAUAGAUGUUAAUAUGUCGGUAGCAAAAAGAGUUCAGCAAUGGGCAACAUUUGGCAGAAUGUGGUACUUGUAUGAUGCUAAGUGGCAGAAUCCACUGGACUCGGCAGACAAGAUAAAGCACUAUCUUGCAGGCAGUCAUAAGCCAAUAUAUCAUCCCCUAAGUGACUGUGGAGACCAUGUUGUCGUAAUAAAUUCACAUGAUAUAGCCCUUCCAGGGGAUGAAUGGGAAAAACGUGUAUAUUUUCACCACACUGGCUAUGCUGGGGGUGCUACAUGGACAUUAGCCUGGGAACUGCAUAAAACUGACUCCACAAUGAUUCUGAGAAAAGCUGUAUACAAUAAAUUAGAUGGCAACCUAUUACGAAGAGGAAGGAUGGCCAGACUUCACAUAUUUCCAGAUGACAAGAUCCCUGAUAAAAUUUUGGAGAAUGUUUCUGCUCAGCUACGCCAGCUUCGACUGGUUCCCAGACGGCUUGACCAUUAUCCCCAGGAAGUAGUUCAUAACUUUCCUAAAUUAUUUGAUUGGCCAGAGGAACAUGUUAUUCGGUAACCGUGGUUUGAAGGUGUUAAUUAUAGUAAAAAAAAUAACUGCACAUUUCAAUAAAAGAUAAUAAUAUAGUAUAUUAAUAAAGAAAACAUAUGACAAUUUGUGUCAAGAUAUGCUCUUGCCAACAUGUAUUGUUCACCAUUUGCAUUUCCAUAUUGUUUAUAGUGGCUAACAGCAGAGCUAGUUGCACAGCACUGCUCAUGUUCAUGUCUGAAGUUCUUGGAGUGUAGCUGGUGUCCUGCUCUGCACCUCAGUCUUCAGAUGACAUCCCACACUGAUUAGACAGUAUCAUGAAUGCUUUUAAAAAAAAAAAGUGCACUUUUUUAGACACCCUGUAUGUAGUAAUAAAAAAAGAUUGUGCUCU